AUGUCGGCCAAGCGAAUCCAGUACAAGGUCGAGGGCCGUGUACAGGGCGUCAAUUUCAGGUCCUUCACCCAGAAGACCGCCCGCAGUCUUGGUGUGACGGGCUUCGUGACCAAUGCAUCAGACGGAAGCGUCCAGGGCGAAGCUCAGGCCACCGACGACAAGCUCAACGACUUCGUCCACCACCUGCACAAGGGUCCACCAGCCUCAUCCGUCUCCAAAGUCGACCACUCUGACAUUGCCACAAAGCCCGAUGAGAGUGGCUUCAGCGUCCGCUAUUAG